GGAUUUCUACUUUCUGGCACCUGGACUAUACACCUCUGCUUGCAUUUCUAUGGAACUAAGCUUUAGGAGCUUUCCAUCUUUACUCUCCUUCCUCGACUAUAAACCAACCGCUACACGGUUCCGCCGGAAGUGGUGUUUGUUGUUGUUUGCCCGUGCUGAGCAGCGGGAGCGGCGAGGAGAGAAGCCGUUAGCUGAAUCCAGAUCAGGGAAUCCCGAACAGCGUUUCUUAGUCUGUUCAUCAGAGAUGGAGCGACACCGGGAACACACGGAGGAGACCAAGCCCAGGGGAGAAGAUUUACCUCCAGACGUUCUGGAAGUGAUUGUUGGUGAAGAGGAGCAGCAGGAGUGUAGCUCCAGUGUGGACCAGCAGGAGCCAGAGCCCCCCCCACACAUUAAAGAGGAACAGGAGGAACAGUGGAGCAGUCAGGAGGGAGAGCAGCUUCAAGGGCUGGAGGAGGCUGAUAUCACCAAGUUCCCAUUCACUCCUGUCCCUGAGACUGAAGACUCUUCUGAUCCUGAGACUGAUGACAGUGCUGAUUGGAAGGAGACCAGAGAACCUCAGUCACCUUUAAACUCUCUAAAAAAGGCUGAUAAACACUUAAGAUGUAAUUCUCCUGAAAAACCUUUUAGUUGCUCAGUUUGUGGGAAGGAAUUUAUAAAAAAAGGAUCCCUGGAGACACACAUGAGAACACACACAGGGGAGAAGCCGUUCAGCUGCUCAGUGUGUGGAAAGAAAUACCCAAAAAGGUCAAAUCUGCUAGAACACAUGGGCGUCCACCGAGGGGAGAAACGACAGAGCUGCAGACUGUGUAACAGGAGACUUGUUUUGCACUCAGGAGUCGAGUGCCAUCAGUGUGUUUACCCGGCUGCUGCUGGAGGGAGAUUUAAAACUCUGAGCUCUGAGUGUGAUGAAAGACGUUGCAGCUCGACUGAACAACCAGAGACCGAAGACCAGACUGGAGACGCUGCUGAUCCUGAGGCUGCUGACAGUGCUGAUUGGAAGGAGACCAGAGAACCUCAGUCAGCUUUAAACUCUCUGAAACAUGAUUCAAGAUGUAAGAAAACAUUCAGCUGCUCUGAGUGUGGGAGAAGAUUUGGCCGCAAGCAACAUCUGAAGGACCACAUGAAAACCCACAAACGAGACAGACCUUUCAGCUGCUCAGUCUGUAAGAAAUCGUAUAUGCAAAGUGGAAGUUUACAGAUACACAUGAGAGUCCACACGGGAAAGAGAGCGUUUCGUUGCUCUGAGUGUGGGAAUAGAUUUGGCCGCAAGACACAUCUGGAUGAUCACAUGAGAAUCCACACAGGAGAGAAGCCGUUCAGGUGCUUGGUGUGUAAGAAGUCUUUUGCACAGAGUGGAAAUUUAUACAAACACAUGAGUACCCACAGGAAAUAUGGAGGAGGAGGAUGAUGAUUCAACACUUAGGUAUCCUUAGUGCACGAUCCAAAGGGAAGUGAAAGUUCAGCCAAAUGCAGACGAUGCCCGGAUUAACUUGUUAUUUCACCUUGCCUUUCAGGGCUUCCGUAGUUUGAGUAAAACUUGUGUGAUGUCAGCUUGUUAAAUGUGAAUACGUUCUAGUUUCUUCUCUCCUCUGGGACAGUAAACUGAAUAUCUUUGAGUUGUGGACAAAACAAGACAUUUGAGGACGUCAUCAUGGGCUUUUUGGGGAACACUGGUCCACAUUUUAGAGACCAAAUAACACACCCAUUCACCCAGAACAUAAUCCACACAUUAAUCGGGCACUAAGCUACUAAAAUAAUUAUUGGCGUUCAUAUAUUUAUGCAUCAUGAUUUAAUGUUAAACAUACAUAUAGGACUUUUUCAUUCAUUCAUCCAGCUUCUACAAAAGAUUGCCUCAUAUCCAGAAACCUGUUGAUAUCUGAGUCUUUGAUAAUGUUUAAAAGUAGCUGUGUUUCUUCUUCUUAUCGGGUUUGCAGCCCUGCAAACUGUCGGCUGGUUGGUUUGUGCACAGUAACCAGAGUAAACUGUCACAAACUGCAGUAAAAACCUCUGACUGAGACGCAGAUUCUGAAUUAGGGCUGCACGAUAUGAGGAAAAUAUUUAAUUUUGAUUAUUUUGAUACUGCGAUUGUGAUUUGAUUCACGAUAUUGGAGGGAAUGAUACAUUUUUGUGUCAUUUCUUUGGA